AUGCUCCAAGGCCACAGCUCUGUGUUCCAGGCGCUGCUGGGGACUUUCUUCACAUGGGGGCUCACGGCAGCUGGGGCAGCUCUCGUGUUCGUAUUUUCUAGUGGACAGAGGCGGAUCUUGGAUGGAAGUCUUGGCUUUGCUGCAGGGGUCAUGUUAGCAGCUUCCUAUUGGUCUCUCCUGGCCCCAGCUGUUGAGAUGGCCACGUCCUCCGGGGGCUUUGGUGCCUUUGCCUUCUUCCCCGUGGCCAUUGGCUUCACCCUCGGAGCUGCUUUUGUCUACCUGGCUGACCUCCUGAUGCCUCACCUGGGUGCCGCAGAAGACCCCCCGACGGCCCUGGCACUGAACUUCGCCCCUGCGUCGAUGAAGAAGUCUGACACUGAGGGUCCCAGGCUGCUCUUCCCAGAGAGUGAACUUUCCAUCCGGAUAGGUAGAGCUGGGCUUAUUUCAGACAAAAGCGAGAACGGCGAGGCCUAUCAGAGGAAGAAGGCGGUGGCCACCGGGCUUGCCGAGGGCCCUGCCGCCCCGGUGCCUCCUCGAGGGAACCCGGCGCAGCCUGGAAGCAGCAGCUGGAGGAGGAUCACCCUGCUCAUCUUGGCCAUCACCAUCCACAACAUUCCAGAGGGUCUUGCUGUCGGUGUUGGAUUUGGGGCUGUAGAAAAGACAGCAUCAGCCACCUUCGAGAGUGCCAGGAAUUUAGCCAUUGGAAUCGGGAUCCAGAAUUUCCCAGAGGGCCUGGCUGUCAGCCUCCCCUUGCGAGGGGCUGGCUUCUCCCCCUGGAGAGCCUUCUGGUACGGGCAGCUGAGCGGCAUGGUGGAGCCACUGGCCGGGGUCUUGGGCGCCUUUGCCGUGGUGCUGGCUGAGCCCCUCCUGCCCUACGCCCUAGCCUUUGCUGCUGGCGCCAUGGUCUAUGUGGUCAUGGACGACAUCAUCCCGGAGGCUCAGAUCAGUGGUAACGGGAAACUGGCCUCCUGGGCCUCCAUCCUGGGAUUCGUGGUGAUGAUGUCCCUUGAUGUUGGCCUGGGCUAGUGCUGAGAUGCUUCGGACCCCAGGAAAAAUGGCACCAGGAAACUGCAAUGGUUGGCUUCAAUGGGACCACAAGCCUCUUCCUUUACAUUAAAACACUUUUCCUUUCUCUCCUUUUCAUCUCAUUAUCCUGAUUGACUCUGAUUAUAGUAAGACAGUUUCUA